UACCAACUCCAGUGUGGUUAAAGCUGCCAGCCCCCUACCAAUUGGAGCAACAGUGUAUUUGUGACCAGUUGCUCGAGUUGUUGCAGUGGCAGAAUUUCAACUGACCACUGACUAGAGUUGCCAGAUUUAAGUGACCGUCAGCAGUGGCCAAAUUUCAACUGACCAGUGACUUUCCAGAGUGGCUAGAUUAUAGUGACCAGUGACAGAAUUACUGACUGACUGGUGGCUGGAGUUGGAGUAACCAUGGUUACCAAGGACUGCCUGCAUGUACGGCGGGUGUGCACUGACCGGGUAUCACUACCUGCUAUUGAUGCCCAGUAUCAAGGUAUCAACAUUGAGCAAAGAAAGCUGCAGCAGUUGAUUGGACUUUUGAAGCAGACAGAGCCGCAGAAAAAGGUACUAGACAGCAGUCCAGCGGUCAGUCAGACUGGACAGUGGCCGAGUGUUCACAGGGUGAAGGGUCAGAGCCUCCCACCAGAGACCUCCGAGCUGCAACGCUUCUGCCUACAGUACCAUGCUGAGAGGAACUUCAGCAAACAUGCUUGUCAUAAAAAGUUCCUGGAGCUGUUUACACUGCUUAUCAAGCUUCGACUUUGCAACAGUGCCUGGAUGGAGGAAUCUGUCCCGGACUCGGUUCUUCAGCUGCUGAUGUGCCUGAGGAUCAUGCUCCGGGAUCCGGUGUACCAGGCGCACUUCUUCACGCUCCGGGCUGAGGACCAGCUGUCCGGGUACAUGGAACGGGCGACCGGGACAUACCUGCAGUUUGGGGAGACUCACUGCAUGGUGGACAUACUCAAGGAAAUGACCAAUAUUUUCCAGAAGUUAUCUUCCAUUGUGGAGCAGCAGCAGAGAGUGAUUGCAUGUGGUGCCCACAGGGCAUUGGUGUUACUGCUGACGUCAGGUGAUGUUUUGCUUCUACACUGCGCUCUGGCCACGCUUGUUUGUUUAGCACAAUGCCAGAGGACCUGUGAACAGCUUGUGGACAUGAACUGUAUUGAACAGCUCCUGAUCAUUGUGCAAGGCUACGACAAUGUCUCAAAAAAGCAAGCCACGCGGUUGCUAGGCCAGCUGUGCCAAGAUGUUCGCACGGCAACGGCCCUCAAGCUUCACGAUGGUGUCCCGAUACUGCUGAGUCAGCUGGUGUCGGACAGCGCCAGUCUUCUGCACCAGGUAGUGAGGUGCAUCUGCAGCCUGUGUGUCGACUCUGAGAUCAGCAAGAACGUGAGGCAGAUGGGUGGGAUACCCCUCCUCCUGUCCAUUCUCAAUGACCGGACUUUCAUCUCGGAGCAGACAGAAACCAGCGGUACGGGCAGCGCUGGGUUACAUCAGAGGACAGGAGUGCCUGACCAGGAUUUUAGUGAGACACAGUACAAGUUGAAACAAGCCUGCUGCAAUGCCCUGUGUCAGCUGGUAUUGAGUGACACCAACGCUCAACAGAUAGCGGAGGCCAAUGGCGUGUACAGUCUGGGUCAGCUGAUCUUGCCACCAUCAGAGGGAGCUGUGUCCGCCCGGGAACGCAAGGCUGCAGCACAGCUACAGAGGUCAGCAUUCCGGACCCUCCGGUUCUUGUUCAGCAUGGAGCGGAACCGCCGCCUCUUCAAGAAACUCUUCCCUGCCGAGCUGUACAUAUUAUUCAUAGACGUGGGUCAUUACAACUGGGACAUGGCAGCGUACAAACCCCUCGUACAGGCCAUCAACGGUCUGUCCCCGGACCAGCUGAAAUCCGUCCGGGAUGGUGUUGGGGAGCUUAAUCAGAACCGGACACCCACCCACUACAUCCAGGACUAUGCGGUUUUCGAGCACUUGGGACGAGGUGCUUUUGGAAGUGUGUAUAAGGUUCGGAAGAAAGUUGGACAGACUUUCUUGGCAUUGAAAGAGAUUGACAUGAAGAACCCAGCCUUUGGCAAGAGUUCCACAGAGAGAGACAAAAGCAUGGGAGAGGCACUGAGUGAGCUGCAAAUCAUGAGGCAGGGCAUUCGGCACCCCAACAUUGUGCGCUACCACAAGACAUUCGUGCAAGCUAGCACCCUGUUCAUCAUCAUGGAUCUCAUCGAAGGUGCCCCCCUCAACGAGCACUUCAACUCCCUCCGCGAGAAGCAGUCAAGGUUUGCAGAGACCCGUAUAUGGCACAUCCUCCUACAGAUGCUUCAGGCUCUACGGUAUCUCCACAAAGACAAGGGCAUAGUGCAUCGUGACCUCACCCCUAACAAUAUCAUGCUGGCAGAGGACGACAAAGUUACAAUCACUGAUUUUGGCCUGGCUAAGGUGAAGGGCACAGACACCAGCAAGAUGACGUCCCAGUGUGGUACCAUCCUCUACUCAAGCCCAGAGAUGGUGGAGGGGGCCCCGUACACAGAGAAGGUCGAUGUGUGGGCACUUGGUUGUAUCCUCUACCAGAUGUGCGUCCUUGACCCUCCGUUCUACAACACCAACAUGCUCAAACUUGUAACAGAUAUUGUACAAGGCAUCUACAAGCCAGUACCAGAUGGGCUGUAUUCAGACAGAUUAGUAAACCUAAUCAAACGUUGUAUCUGCCCGCGUGCAGACUUGCGUCCGGACACUGAGCAGCUUGCGGGCUCGCUGUCUGACGUCAUCCUACGUCACAUGGAUGCCGUGCAGGCAGCCCAGGUCUCCCUGCAGAACAAACUUGACCGUGAACGGAGGAAAACUCAGAAGCAUUUUGUGGAGUCAAAUCAGUUAAUGCAGGGUUACCACCGACUGUUUGCUUCGCCGUACCGGCCGUGUAAUCUCGGAGACAGUCAAGGCCUCGGGACUUCGGGUUGCGACAGUCAGCAGUCGUCUGCACUCAAUAGUCCAAUGGAGAACGAGUCUGUCAGUUGGACGUCGGAUGACGACUCUUGGCAGAGCAGCGAGUGUGACUCCCUGAGCCGGGAAAGCAGCGCUGGGAGCUCCAGGGGUGGAAGUCAGCGGCUCCACAGCCAUCUUCCACCAGUGCCGACACCACAUUCACUCUCACAGCAACUGGCAGUUGAUAUUCCUCAAAUAGCUAAGGUCAGCAGGGACUCUGGUUUUGGAUCAUGCGACCCCUCGCCUGUGUCCCCGGAUGCGCGCCGGUAUUCACGAUCUUACAGCACCCCGGGCAACAGUAGCGGGCCAAAGAAGAAAACGUUAAAAGCAAAAGAGCCGCAGACCCUGACGAUAUCCAAUCGACGCGUGCGUCAGAUCAACGACCCGAUCACGCAGCUGCUGCACACGCUUCACAAGAUUGUCUACAUCUCCCAGCUGCCUCCCACACUGAGUCCAAAUCCCCGCAGACGCGUCAUUGAGAGGUUCAAGAGGGCACUGUUUGCACCAGGCAGCUCCUCUUUGCACCUGAAAGGAGAACUACAUAAGCUGAACAUCGGAUCUCGAGAAGUGAUCGAUUUAAACGUGGGAUCCCUCAGUGAAAGAAUCAACUCGGCCGGUUCUGACUGGAGCCUAGGAUCCGGUCUCAACGCUGGAACCAGCGACACAAGUCUGGGCUGCAGAAGCCGCGAGGGUAGCGGGAAGUUACGAUCUCGGAGCUCAUCACGACCUCGAGUCGGUUCAGCGGGGUCUGGGAGUUCAGACUCAUCCCUAGGCUCGACUAUUAAAGACACCCCGACCCCUCGAUCUCUCAGCGAUACUCUGGGCUCUACCAUCAAAGGAACGCCGACCCCUCGAUCUCUCAGCGAUACUCUGACCACACGGGAUCCACCGGAUUCUCUGAUCGUCGAUGUGACCCACUUAGAACAGGAGGACAAUGUGACCUACGAGCAGCUGCAGUCGAUGAUUGAGACGGUGUUGGUGGAGUGUGGGUACUACAGCGGCGGGAAUGAAUCUCGAAACGGGUCUAAGAAGGCAAUGACCCCGGAUGUUGCAAGGGCACGAAUACAGUAAUGAGAACUUAAAGACAAAUUUAGAUUGCAUCUGAAUUUUGGAGUUUUAAUACAAUGUGAAAAUAGCCAUGGCUCUUGUUUUGUGUUUGAUACGAUUGUGGGCCCAUAGUAAUUACUAACAAUCAAAGAUUGAAAGACGCUUUAAUUUUUCAAUUGAGUUUUAUAUAUUUAUUACCUGUUAUUUAUUUAAUUUAAAUAUUAUGUUUAGAUUGUCUAACUCUAUGGUACCCGUACAUAUCAUGAAUGUAUUCCGAUUGCAAUACAUGUAUUACUUUUUUGUUUUCUGUUACCUUAGUUGAAUAAGAUAAAAAAAGUAUUGCUUUAUUUAAUAUUUACAGAUAUAUACUUGUUGAUUAUAAUAAUAUAUAAUAAUGCUUACUUGUUAUGCAAGUGAAUUAAAUUAUUCACUCUUAUGCACUCAUGUGAAAAUAAAAUUGUUGUCAUUAA